CGGGGUGGAUAUUGUCAAUGUACAGUGUGCUGCAAAACUGUUUGACAAUUUCACGUCUAAAGCUUUUUAAAGAAGAUUUAAGCAACUAGCCCCUCGUUUACUACAUUGCUACUGGCAGUUAUAAAGGUGGACGGCACCAAUGAUGAGAGGCCCCCCCCGGCACUUGAGCAGGAUAUUAGAGGUCAUCGUCAUUGCAUGACAAAGGCUGUGGCAGAUUCAUCUUCAUCACUCAUACAGCAUUUCCAUACUUUUUUCUUCAGUGCGGUAGUACCAUGAAGGGUGGAGGCAGAGGUAAGGAGCCACCUGUUGCAGGGGAGGUCACUGGCAAGCGCCCCAAACGCAAGUGCCUGCAGUGGCACCCACUCCUGUCCAAGAAGGCUCUGGAUUUCUCUGAGGAGGAGGAAGAGGAGGAUGAAGAGGAGCUGGAGAAGCAGCCAGAGCUGUGUGGCCAGGACCAAGGCUCGCAGCAAGUGCAGUGUGGAAGCACAACAGAGGAAGUGGAGGAGGACUCGAAUGAGCAGCGUGCACGGCGGCCAAUGAAUGCCUUUCUCCUCUUCUGCAAACGCCACCGUUCCCUGGUGCGGCAAGAACAUCCUCGCCUGGAUAACCGCGGGGCCACCAAGAUCCUGGCUGACUGGUGGGCUGUGCUGGAGCCCAAAGAGAAGCAGAAGUACACAGACAUGGCCAAGGAGUACAAGGAUGCCUUUAUGAAGGCCAACCCGGGUUACAAGUGGUGUCCCACCACCAGCAAGCCGGUGAAGAGCCCUUCCUGUCAGCCUGUCAGCAGCAGCCCCCGCAAGAAAGUUUGGUCCUUCUCUUCCAACUCCACCAAGGACUCCCCCACUGCCAAAAAAGUGCCCAAAACUGACAGCAUGCCACAGUUAAACUUUGCCAUGGCAGACCCUACAAAGAUGGGAGGCCUUAGCAUGCUGCUGUUAGCUGGGGAGCAUGCCCUCACAAACAGAGAGAUCCCUUCCAGCACUAAAUCUAGUUUACCUGACACAGCCAGCGAAGGGAACUCCUUUCCAGGGGAUGAGGAAGAGAUGUUGUCUGGGACAAUACCGAACCGAGUGCCUGACAUUACUGAGAGCAGGGUUAAGGCUGCCCCUUCCGCACAGGCAGAGUCAUCUCUCUCUGCGUCACCUGAAGGAAAACCAUGCGGGCAGUCCGCUCUCUUUCAGCUGGCUGAGAUGUGCUUAGCGUCUGAAGCUGGAAAGAUGGACCCAGUGGAAUGUGAGCCUAAGGACAGCUGCUCUACAGCCUCUCUCCAGCAAACCACCGGCAGGCCAGGGGGCAAGGUGCAGACAGCCGACAAGGACGACUGUCCUUCCUCCCCCCACACAUCGGGCCUCGUACCUUCACUCUCCUCUGUCACGUCUACCUCCACCGAUGUCAUCCAGCCACAACUCAGCAGCCAAAACGCACGUGUCAAAAACAAGGGCAAGAAAAAGGAGGGGGCCAAGUCGAAUGAUAACGACGAGAUCCCUUGCUUGGCGAAGAAGAUCAUCAAGAAGUGCAACCAUGCAGAAUCAAACGUGGACAGUGUCUUCAGUACAAUUGAGGCAGUGGCCAAAGGCGCUUGGAAGGACAUGGAGGAAAAGCCCAAGAAAAAGAUCCCGAGCAGUCCGAUUGCCGGCAACACUGGUGGGCCCAAAAAGAAGAGUAAGCCCAAAGUCAAGACCCCUGUCAAAGAAAGAGAGGAGGAGAUGGUGGAGGACAGCGGGCAGUGUGGGCAGUACAGUUCCUCUGAGGUGGAAAUGAAGGAAGAGAUGGCUGAGGCCAGUCCCAAGGCUGAAGCAGAAGAAGCCAGUAUAGGAUGCUCAGAGUUUCAGAGCAGCGCUGCAGAAGCCCACCAUUCCCCCGGCAGCCCCUCGCCUGCAAAGCUCAAAGAGGAAGACAAGGGGAAGGAGCGGUCGAAUGACGGGACCUUUGACUCCAACCCAGAGAACCACGGCUCCAGGAAGUCAGAGCGGAGCUGUAAAGGCGCCUUGUAUAAAACCCUGGUUUCUGAAGGAAUGCUGACUUCACUGAGGGCCAAUAUUGACCGAGGGAAAAGAGGUGCUUUCCGUGGUUCAGACCAUGAUGCAAACUGGAGCGAUGACAGCUGGACAGUUUCUCAGAUAGGACCUAACAACCCCAAGAAGCUGAAAAAGUCCAAGUCCAAAGAUGAAUGUUCACAGGGCCUCGGGAAACUGGAGGAGGAGUUUGAAAGGAAGUUUAACAGUCUGCCACAGUAUAGCCCAAUGACAUUUGAUAAGAAGGGGAUUGCUGUCGCAAAGAAGAAGAAGACUGACAGCCCCAUUGUCCCGGAAGAAGUCUCUAAAGCGGGGAAAGGGCCAUCUCCAUCUCAGAAAAAGACUUCAUUCCACAAGAUUGUUAGGAAGCACAAACACAAAAAGGAGAAACCAGGUGCAGUGGACAAAGUGGUACAGAGUGAUUCCACCAUGCUGGAUUCAGCUUCAAAAGCCAAAUCAUGUGCCCCUGUUGCCAUAAUGUGCCCAGAUGUCCAGGGCCACACUAGCAUGGAGAUGCUAGUUGGUAGCCAGAAGAGGAAGGCUAGGAAGACCAAGAUCACACACUUGGUGCGCACAGCUGAUGGCAGCGUGUCUCCAGCCGAGGAGGACAAAACUAGGGACCUGAACCAGGAAGAGGAUAAGAAGCCAUUACCCCAACAGAAUUUAUGCAAUGAUAAAGGGUGCUACAGUAAUCCCAGAGGAGCGGAGGAGGUAGAGAGGAGCACCGGACCCCCGGAGCUGCCUGCGUUCUUCAGCCUGGCAGCCCUCGCUGAGGUCGCAGCCAUGGAAAACGUUCACAGAGGCCAGAGAGGCUUGGCUGAGAAUCAGAAGAAAGAGCUUGGCCAGACCCCAGUCCUUAUCUCCUGCGCUGACCAGUGAAACUGCUGCUGUUUUGAGAAGCCACAACAUGGACAUUGGCAGUGGAGCUGUACUUUCCUCAGUGGUAACCCUACGCAGAAGGGAGACUUGAUCAGGAAGCUUUGGACUGACUCCACCUUACCCGUGUGGUGAAAUUAGCUUGCGCUCGGGUUCAUGGUGGGGGAACGAGAGCCUCUCCUCCUCUCUGUUUCUCGCUAUCUCAGUGUUUUCCCCAAAAGCCUUCCUUUGGUUUGAGGGAGGAUGCCUUUCUGAACUCCUCUCCCCCUCCUUAGAUGCUCUGUUUGGGCCUGUGGAAGAACCACGCUGUUCCCAGUGCAUGGCUUCCCUUAUAGAGAUGGUUGUCAUGGGUUUAUUGUACACUGUUUUGUCAAAUAGAGGCCACUUUUAAGGUCAAGUCUUGCGAUAAAAUUAUAUAUAUAUAUUUUAUAUAUAUAUAUAUAUCUAUAUAUAUAUAUAUAUAUAUAUAUAUAUAUAUAGCAUUUUAGGUAGGGCAAAAACCCAACACUGCAUUUGUUUUAUAGACAAAAACAGCUUUCUGUCACCUUUUUACCUCACACACACGCCUACUGAAGAGUUCCCUCCACCUCUGGUAGAAUACCUCUGUAUUUGAAUAGUUCUUAUCCCUUCAAUUCCUUCCAGCUUCAACCCAAAAUGACUUUAACCAGGGUACAUGAUCAUGAUGAAUUUACCAACUACUUGCUUAGUGUUUCCCUGGGAUACACUAAUCUGGUGGACUCAAACUACGAAGAAAUCAUGGUUGAGUAUUUGAUAUGUAAGUUAUGAUGCUACUGUAAAACAGUAUGUGGUAGCUACCAAUAAUCAUGUUAGACUGAAUGUGUAAGAGUAGACCUGUGCAUACCUUUGCAUCUGAACUAGAGUUGACUAUAGCGGAGGGUGUUUCUUUGUCCUGCUUAUCCGUUAGUAGUAGGUUCACAGUGUUCCUGUCAGGCUUAUGAGACAGUAGGUUGGCUUAACAACGUCUUCUUGUGAUGGGGAGCUUGUGUAAAAGUAAUUCAAAUAUAGCCUUAACCCCCCCCCCCCCCCCCCCCCCCCCCCCCCCCACCCAGACCUAGAACCAGCUUCUUGCUCCAUGUCAUCACAGUCCUAAAGUCGGUGUAAACAUUGAAUAGAGAAAUGCAGUUACUUGAUCUUAUUGCAGUUUUCGUAGCAAUUAGAAAGGUUAAUUCCUUGUGUGCAACUUAUUUCAUGAAAUAGGUGGGUUUUUUUUAAAUUACAUAAACACUGCACUAAUUUGUAGCUGAAGUUUGCGUUGCUCUUGGAAGGGUAUUGAAAUGCCUUGUCUCCACCAGUCAAUGUCCUCAGGACCUGGCUAAACUCAGCCACAAACUCCAACAUAGAAGAUCGGAAGGUUGGUAAUCUACAUGGAAUACUUGGUUCGUGAAAUUGUUUUGUAAUACAUGUCUCAUAAAAUGAGCAAUUUGAGUGAGGAAAAAAUACAGAAAUAAAAAGUUGAGAUUAUUUCUGAUUGAAUGUGUUGAAAUGGGACCACGCUGUGCUAUGGUUCCUCACAGAGCUAAUGGAGACAAGGCAUUUAGUAACAGUGCCCCAUGUUUGUCCUAAUGGCCUUUUGAGAUUUUAUUGCCAAGUAAUGGUCUACUCAGAGGUCACAUGUAAUCCAUGUUUUGAUUCUUAGAAGUAUUUAUAUUUAGAUGCAACUUUGUGUUCUUUAUUUUUGGCUUUGUUUUGUCCAUGUCUGGUCCGAAUCAUUCCAUUUCCAUGCCUCUGACUCUGCCAUACUGUUGUUUACAGUUAGUCAGCUGUAGUAGUGAGGAAAAAGAAGGAAAGGAUGGAAGCUGGAGGAGCUGCCAGAGGCAUGGAGGGUAACUGAGAGCUACACAGACUCCCCAGCAAUACCCCUCACCUCCUUACCUAACAACCUUUUGUUCCUCUGUGUAGACCAAUACUUAAUUUAUCACAUUUUAGAUUCACAUUUAUAACUUUUAUAGCUCCUCGUUUUCUAUUUAAUCGUUCUUCUGUUAAAGCGUGUGCGUUUAUGAUGCUCUUUUAACUAGGUCCUCUAUGCUUUUUCCUGAGGUCAAGUUUACUGGAUUAAGAAUGUUGUCGAAAAAGAUCAAGCUCAUAGACGAUGAAUGCAUCUAUGCUUACCUGCUAAGCAAACAGGCACUGAGAUAAAAUGCACAGUCUCUACACAGUAAGCUUGUCUUUUCACCUCUGGAGGUGUGUAUUUGACUGCGCCUGCAUUACCAUUUCUUGGAUUUGUGUUAGGAUGUGUUCAGAGUACUUUUGAACACUUAAUGACAGGACAGACAAAUAAGAAAUUAAUGGGUCUUAGAGAACGUAUGGGUCUUGAAAUAGAGCAUUGUUUUCCUAUGUCCAGGCAUUGUUACAUGGUAAUAAUGUUUGACUUAUGUAGGCCCUUGUGUGCAAAAAGAACAGUACAUGCAACAAAUCUAUAAUUACCCCCUAAAUUGUCCUUACUUUCUAACUGCAAAUGUUUCCCAGUUAAACGUAAGGGAACCACAUUGCUUUAAGAUAAUCCUAAUAAUAAAUACUAUAUCUAUUUUUUUCAAAUAUGAGAAAAAGUUCCAAUAAGGAUGAUAUCAUCCAAGCAGUAAACUGUAUAGUUCUUCCACUGGUGGACAUCAGUGUAAUUCUUUGCAAAGACAAAGAAAUUGUCUUCCCCCCAAAAUAGAUAUAUUUGCUUAUAGCAAGUGAGUUUAUUGACAUUUGCCAAAGAAAAGGGAAAGGUAUAUUCAAAUGGAAAUCAUGUUUUAAGAAA